CGUGUUACACUGACACUAAUACCCUUAAUCACAAUUUCCCGAUGAAUCGACGCUUGCGUCGCUGUUCAUUUCCGCGGCGUCCGUUCUGAGUGCCUGUUCAGUGUUCACAAUGAGUUUCUUUAAAAAAAUCAGGGGGCAAAAGCCCGACAAAAAACCCACCCUACCUGAAGCAAUACGACGACUCAAAGUAACCGAAGACGGCCUCCUCAGGAAGCAAAACAGUUUGGAAGAAAAACUAAAAAGCGAAAUUUCCAAUGCCAAAAAGCACGCCUCGACCAACAAAAAAGCUGCCCUCCAGGCCCUUCAGAAAAAGAAACGCCUCGAGCGCCAGCUCCAGCACGUUGAUGGCGCCUUGACCACUCUGGAGGCGCAACUAGAGCUCCUGGAAAAGGCCAAUACGAACAAACUGGCCGUCGAGUCGAUGGACAAGGCGGCGAAAGCCUUGAAAGGGACGCAGAAAAAUUGGGAUGUGGACAAAGUGGGGCAAAUUUUGGACGAACUAGCGGAACAGCGAGACCUUAAUGACGAAAUUUCCGAUGCCAUUGCCCACCCGGUGGGUUUCGAGGACGAUGGUAUCGACGAAGAAGAGCUCGAGAAGGAACUGGAGAAUUUGGACAAAGAACUGGGGGAUUUGUCCGUCGAUGAUUUACCAGAGGUGCCACAAAACGAUAUUAAGCACAAGGCUAAAGAAAAAAGGGACAAAAGCCCAAUUCCCGCGUCUUAAAGGAAAGAACAACAAUAGACGGGCCUUGAUACUGUUAUAUUUUCGUAUAGGUUUUAACGCUUGACAUACUCUGUUAGUUAUUAAGAUGUAUUUUUGUUUCUACGAAUUUUAUAAAUAAACUUUAUUACAAAAA